UAAUUAGGUGACUCAGAAAAAGGUAAAGCUAGAGAGUCCAUAGUCCUUCAAAAGAGGGAGAAGCAAGCAGAAAAAAGAGCUAAAAAUGGCGCAAGAGGAAGCAAGAAAAGGUCCAUGGAGUGAACAAGAAGAUCUUCAGCUAGCAUUUUAUGUGAACUUAUUUGGAGAUCGACGAUGGGAUUUCUUGGCCAAAGUUUCAGGUUUGAAAAGAACAGGAAAGAGUUGCAGGUUACGUUGGUUAAAUUACUUGCAUCCUGGUCUUAAACGUGGCAAGAUGACUCCUCAAGAAGAACGCCUUAUUCUUGAACUCCACUCCAAAUGGGGAAAUAGAUGGUCAAGAAUUGCAAGGAAAUUACCAGGGAGAACUGACAAUGAAAUCAAGAAUUACUGGAGAACUCACAUGAGGAAGAAGGCUCAAGAUGACAGGAAAAACAAGGCUUCUAUUUCUCCAUCUUCAUCUUUCUCCAACUGUUCAUCUUAUUUCUCUUCCAACAGUCCUGAUGUGGACUUUAUGCCCAUUACCGAAAACAACGAAAGAAACUUCUACGAUACUGGUGGAUUGUUGGGCGUGCAUGAACAAAGUAGUUUGCAAAAUGCAGGGAAAAAGGAAGUUGGUGAUCAAGAGAAAGGGAAAAGCGUGAAGGUGUACUCUAUGGAUGAAAUUUGGAAUGAUAUUGAAUUAUUAUCAGAAGAAAAUGAGACAAAAAAUAAACCAAUUUUGCCAUCAACUAUGUGGGAAUAUUGCACAGAUAGUACUCUAUGGAUGACUGAUGAAGAAGAAACUAAGAUGUUUCCUCAGUUUUAUUGCUUGGACAACCAGGAUAACACAUUUUUUACUGGCUAACAAGGGGUUAUUCAUUUGAGAAUUUAAGUUAAAUAUGCUGACAGUGGAAAGAAUUUUUACGGUAUCAGUUCAAUUUAACCAGUUAUAACAUGUUAUAUAUCAGGUUUGAUAUGAAAGAGUUACCAUCAUCUUAUUGUAGGUUAAGUUGACCGAUAGUGUAAAAAGAACGUAUACACUGUCAGUACAUAAAACUUAGACUCUUUAUUAGAACGUAAUUUAUUUUAAAGUUGGUGUAGGAUUUAUGAGAAAAGUUUAGAUCUAACUUUGUAAAUAGAAAUAUUGGUGUCAGUCCCUAAAUAAGAAGGUAGUCUGUAUUAUGAUCGGCAGUGUUUGUAACUGAGAUAUUGUAUCAUCUGAUGCUUAGUUAUAUAAUUAAUGAGAGUCA